CUGACAUUUCAAAGAAUGAAACAUAAAAAUUCAAUAAACAUUUUACUUAAUUUAUAUAAGAGCUCUAAUGUUAUUAAUUAAUUUUAUAUGUAUAUUUUAUUUAAUGGUGCUUGUAAGAUGCGAUACUAUAUAUAAAAGUGAAACUAACACGGAGUCAUAUGAUGGCGUAACUUACCCUUUCAACGUGCUGUUUUCGCGACAAGAUGUCUCAGAUCUUGAUUUUCGAACGUCGCAAAGAUCACAUCAAAUAAACCAGAGAAGAUCGUGGCUUACUACGGUCCCAUCUAGUGAUUACAGCACAGCUGCUCUUGAAGAAGUCCUGAGGAAACUAAAAAAUAGAAAUUUAGAGCAGAUUGCUACCUCCCCAUUCGGAGCCAAUGGCAUGGUUUUCGCCACAGAGUUCGGUUACGGUACAGUGGAACAAACUUCUGGGUUUUCUAAUACAGCUGUACCCAAAAACGUGAAUAGAAAAGCAGAAAAUAAAUACACGAACCAAAAUACACUUGAUGCAACGACAGAAUUUGAUGAAACGGAUUAUGUAGACAAUUUGAGAAUACUGGAAGCUAGAAAUAAGCCACGAACAGUAAAAGAAGCUAAAAAAGAAGAGGAAAAGAAAAAAGAGAAAUGUAAAUUCAAGUUUAAAGAUUUGUUUAAAUUUCUUCACCCGAAGAAGAAAAAAUGUGACCCGAAACCUGAAGACACAAAAAUGAAGCUUAUAGAUCAAGUUCCAGCGUUACCUAAAAAUGAACUAAAAGGCGAGAAAAAGAGUACUGAAAUUACAUCAACAACUACAACUGUCACAAGUAACGUUACGGAUAAUCAUGGAUCCAAGAAAGUUAAUGCAGCACAGAAGAAAAAGCGACAUAGACGAACAGUCGAUCAGAAACCUGAUGUGACAAGUACGCAAAAAUACUACAAUCAGAAAUGGUUACCUAACUUUAAGAAGCGAGAACCGACCCAAGCAGACAGCAGAACAUACGAAGUCCUUUCAAACAAACUGUCUUAUAAAGACUUCGUAGAUGGAUUCAAAUAUUAUUUAAAGUUCGAAAGAGAUAUGGCGCGAUCCAACUUUUCGGAUAUAGUGCGAUAUGAGGCACAUAAGCAUCAUAAUGUUGAUGAUAUUGGCAAGUUUAUACUAGAGAAAAUCCCGCAAGUACCGGUCACUGAAAGUUAUAACAAGCCUUAUGAUUCUAUUGACCGGUCACCAGAGUUUGAAAAGACAACCAAUACUGUGAGAAAUGGGAAAUUCAUUGAAACGGAACAGCUUGAUGUGAGCACUGAGGCAGACACAGAUGUGCGCUUGGAAAAAUACGAUAGCACACAAACAACUAUUCCUACAAACCUUCGUCGUUUCGAUUCCCUUAAGAAGCGCCUGAUUGACGUUCAAAAGCCAUCCUGGCUUCGUAAAAAAUCAAUUAGCUCUUAUUUCGACUCAAAAACGAGUGGUCCUAGAAUCCGGAGAGGUCUCAAGCCUCGCACUCAUAACACCAUCCACUUUGAUACUACCGAAUUCUCACAUUCACUCAAAAGCGAUACAGCGCAAUUGAAGGAUUCUACCAAAAAUGUGGCUUUCGCAAAAGUAAAUUUAGUUGAAACUUCAAAAACUAAGAAACCAUUCGGAGGUUUUUUUGGAAAAUUCAAAAAGCAUAAGGCGAAACGUGAUGCAAGUGGCAUUUUAAAAAAGCUUCGACAAAUAUUUUCGAACGGCCAAACCACGCCUGACAAGGCCAAAGGAUUGACAAGCAGAUAUGGUUAUCCUUCCGAUCUUUACGAAUCCAUGAACAUAAAGUAUCCAAUGUACAAAACUCCGGAUAUGACUGAUGAUUUAGACGUCAUUAUGGACAAAUUUAACAAGCCAGCAUCGCAAACUAGCACUACUCUGCUUUCGUACAUGGAAUAUUACGACACGGAACCGAAGAUGUUUUCUAACGAUUUUCAACCAGAUCCUGAUGUGCCCUUCGAGCUAACUACGCCGCAAAUAAAAGACAAAAUGCUUCAGAAAAAGCUUCAGACGUUGCAAAAAGAAUACGAUUCGGUAGCUGCCAGGGCUUUUGGGUCGGAAUACGACACUAAUAUUAGAAUAAAUCCGCCACGGACGUCGCCUGAAUUAUUCUACAAGCUAACAGCUUUUAAAGAGCCUGUAACUAUAGUAGCGCACAAGGCAGGCCGCCGGACGAAAACUGUUACUGCUCCUAGCAAAUACCAGGCGUCGACAAUUAACGACUUUCAAUAUGACGGAUUUCGAGAUCUGCUCGGAUUAUCCAAGAAACAAGCACAACGCUUGACCAACGGAUAUAAUGAACCUGCCACUCUUAAUUCGAAAAGUCCGACGCACCGUUAUACCAUCACUUGGCAAAUAAAUGACUCAGAUCUAGGAAUCAAAAAGCAAGACUACGAUCGUGAAGAUAAAUCUGGUCUAACUUCAGCAUCCGAAAUACCAGCAGGUGUAAAAGUUGAAGAUAAUCCAGCAAACCACUAUAGUAUAAAACCUAGUAUGCUGAAUAAUUUAGAUGCUACUGAAUCUAUCAAAAUAAAACCAAGGAUAGAUAACACGAAUAGGUAUAAGACAAAAACAACAAGACAAGUAAAAAUGACAACUAUGAAAUUUUACGACAAAAAUUGGUCAAAGACACUUGUUAAUAAUCAGGUUCGGUCGAAUAAAUUACCAGUAACUAUGAAUAAUAAAGAAACUUACAAACAAUUAAAACCGUCCAGAGAUAUGGGAUUUAAUGUAAAGGGUUUGUCAGGAGAAGACAAUAAUGAUGUAGUUAUGGUUCAAACAAGUACAAUGCUAAUAGGUACAAAUAAAGAAAAGAAUGAGGCACAUGGUAGCGAUAAUAAUUACAAGUAUGAUAUUAAGAUUGACAAGGAUCGAGUAUCAACAUCGGAUCGAUUCCGAGAUUUUGGAAAAGGAAUUGAUACUGAAGAGGUGGAAAACGAACGUGUAACUUCAAAAACGAAUGGAGUAAAGGAUACACAAUCAGUUUUCGAAGAAAAAACGUUACCAAUUCAUAACAAAUUUAUGUAUGAUACAGUUACUGGACGAAAACAUGUAGCAAGUGUAAAAAAUCCAGCAAAUAUAUCUCCAGAUAAACAGCAGCCACAAGUUUUACUCAAAUACCCUGCAAGCAAAUUAGACACAAAUAUGCAUCAAAAAAAUUACAAGACAAAAGCGAAAACCAAGUCACCUCCCAUGCUGCCCACACCCUGGAAUCUAAACGGCCUCGAAACCCAGUCAAAAUACGAAGAUGACGAUAAAACUCCAUAUCCAAGCAAAGUAUCGGAUAAAAGGACAAAAGAAACUACGCUUAAGUUUGAUUUAUCAAAUAUGGUAGAUAGAUUUGAUCAUGACUUUCCUGGAUUUGAAAAAAAAGGAAAAAGCACGACAGCUAUGAGAAAUAUUCUUGAUUGGUUUGAGAAACACUACUCCGAUUCGAUAAAUAUAGGUAAGCAAACGACAAGUAAAGAAAAUGUCAAAUUUGAAACGUCUACUGUCGGGCGCCUUAUAAAAGAUUCGUGGGAGAAACAAGACAUCGAUUAUGAUAAAACAACUACGAAAUUAUUGAAUAAAGAAAAUAAACCUAAAUCUGACAUAAAAAAGAAGCCAGCUACAGAAGGCAAAGCUGCUAAAGAUUCCAAAAAACAGUCAAAAGAAAAAGAACCUAAGGAUCAUAUAAACGGAAAGCCAGUAAAGACAAUUACACCAGCAGUUAAAACAACGAAAAAAGACGGCCCCAUUGUAGCCGAUUUAGGAAAAGAGGAAACUAUUGCCGCCGAUGUAUUAGGAAAAGAGGAAGCCAAUGUAGGACGUACAGUAAAGGAUUGGUUGAAAACACCUAUGAAGAUAGUAAAAAGUAAAACUAAAAGUGGCAAAAAUAGGAAGACUGCUAGAGACAUGGCAAUUUAUUUGUCAGACGAUCUCAAUAAUGAUGUUACUGAAACAAGCACAGCGUCAGCAGAUAAAUACAAAAAAAUUAAAACUUCCAGUACUGACAACGACUUUGCAACCAGAUUACCGGAAUUAUACACACCUUAUUAUAAUACUAAAAAAAUACUAUCAACAGAAAAUCUUCUAUUCGAAAAACUGCCUAAUUCUAAGGAAAAAAAUCAUGGAAACGGGCGGCUCACUCACAAUCCAAACUUUUCCAAGACAUCUUUUCCAGCUAGCAAAUUAAACAACAUCAAUAAACAAACUCACGUUUCUGAAUUAAGCAAAUAUGAUAAGGAAAUUUGGAAAGAGAUUAAUGAAAAUCUAGCUCUAAAACAUAAAGUACCCGAGCACAAAGGCCGCCCCGAACAAGUGGAAAUUGUGCAAACUUACGAUAUAAUAUACACAUCGCAUGGCAAUAUGCCUUUCACCAACCGGUCGUUGAGUCACGUCCAUUCAAUUUUAAAGGAAAUGACCAAUCUGAAGAAAAGGAACUUACUCAAGUCAAGUAGAGCAUUAAACCACAAGACAUUUAAUGCAAACAAAUCUCGUAGGCGAAAGAGAUUUACAGGAGUUUCUGAAAGAAGCAAAACCCAGGCAAUUAACAAGGUGCACUUCAAUGCCAACACGGAUGAAGAUGGCGAAAUCAGAGCACAAAAAACACAGAGAAAGAUCAGACAGACUUUAGAAGAUUUGAAAUAUCUCGCUCUAAAAGAUGACCCUAUUAUGGUUCUUUGUGAACCUGUUCCUAAAGCCAAGCCACGUGGAAUGUACAUAUUGCUUGUAAACUGUAGCGCGACAUUUCCUAGAGGGAAUUACUUGUUGAAACCUCUUGGAGAAGGAGCUUUUCGCAAUGCUAAAAUCGUAAGACCAACUCGCAGAACUAAUCGAGAUAUCGCCAGCGUCUCAAACCAUGAGCUUGACAUGCUGAAAGAGUCGGACGAGAGAAAAGAUGAGAAAACGAGGAACAGAAGAAGACGUACUGGUCAUUGGAAGAUGAUAAAGAAAUGGUUCCAUGGAGCCAGAACUUGCAGUUGUAAAUGUAAGCCUCAUAAGACUAUGUGUCCUGCUUGCGCCGCCAGUGACGCUGUCAUGAGAGAUGUAAUUUUUCGACUCGGAAAUAUAAUUAGCUACGUGAACGAACAUAGCCCUGAAAUAGAGGAGUAUUUUAAAGUCAACCCAAGCGGGGCGGCUGAGUUCAGAAACGCGUUGAAGGAAACUGACAAAUGUUUGAAAAACUAUUCUAAGAGAGCUAAGGGACAAUGCCUCGGGAAGCCAUGCGAAGCUUUCAAGUUUGUCCAAGAUAAAGAUGAUGAUUAUAAAGAUGUAACUUAAAAAUAUGCCACUUCUGAUUUUAUACACUACUUAUACUAUAUAUUUAAGAUAUUUUGCUAAAGAAACUACUACAAUGACGGUCAUUUAAGUAGAACUGUUAAUAUUUAAUUAGAAAGAAUAUUUUAUGCUUCAUGGCUAUAAAUAUACCUCAUUUAAAAGACUUCUACGCACAAAAAUAUUAACUUAAAGUACACGCAUCUCUGCGUUCUCAGAAUACUAGUUAGGACUCCAAUCCCUCUCUAUAUACAAACUUUUUAAAAAAUCGGUGUUUCAUGUCAUAAUUAUUUGGCUCAUUACGUGGACUGCUUAAACCAUAAACAAUUUCAUUUCAUUCUAUUGAUUGGCGUCGCAUCCAGACCACAAUUGUUUAAAAAAUAUAUAUAAUGGCGGUGGCGCCAAAACAUAAUAUAUUUGCAUCGACUGUUUUGCAUGUAAGCGUUUACUUUUAGAUAUAGUAUUGCCUCAUAUUCAAGGACUUAUUUUAGUCGUUCCGUUAAGGCACCUCAAAAAUAAGUCGGUGAAAAUGAAUACUUAAUUUUAUAAGCACAUUGUUAGUUUUAUUUUAGUAUUCGAGAAAUGUAUUUUUAGAAAUAGCAUCGUCGAGUGAACCAUCAUAUUCCUAUAGGAUACAAAAAUAUUCAGAUUUCGAUAUUUGUUAGAGUUAGAACAAGCUAAGUUGGCAACGAUUUUCAUAGCCCAGACUGUGAAAGUGUUAUUUAAACGUCAUAAUUUGUGUACAAUCGCUGCCCACUUAGCUUGGUCUAACUUCCACGAAUCACGAAAAUCAAAAUUUCGUUAUCUGCCUCUCUACCGCUCGAAUAUGAGGAUAGAGAUAGAUAGAGAGAAAUAGAGUAAGAGAGAUCAAGAAAAUUAGAUUUACGUGUAUCGCGGUAGGCACUCGGCUUUUAGUUUUCAAAAUCGUACCUAUUAACGUUUCAUACUCGCACACUGGGAAAGAGAAAGAUACCUAAGUGUUAUUGCACGCUAUACAUAAUAAACAAUGUUGGUUCCAAGAC